AGCGAUUUGAGUUUUCUCGGACGAACGAAGCAACGCCGGCCGAGCCGCUGGUUGGACAGAACAAGGAGCAGUUGCUCGCUGGAACGUGGGCGGCGGUGAGGAGAGGCUGGAGGGUAGGAGUGUUGGCGGAAAACCUACGUGUACUUACUUGUAUGUAAGUGGAACGGGAAAGGGAAGGAAGGGCGCGGUGGGGGUUUGGUUGGAAAUAAAGGAGAAAAGAAUUGCCCUUUUCUCAAGAGGGCCGUGGUUCUUGCGUUGUCCACCACACAACGAUUCGAUAACGAUACGCUGUUUUUUUUUUCUGCUGGGAUCGUUUUACGGCAGGAAACGCAGACAGACGGACAGACAAAGACCGUGAGGGAGAAAGGAGUUAAGGAGAGGAGAGAAGCCUUUUUCCACACAGAGACGCGCAAAAUUAUAGGGAGAAUGAUCAGGCCGGCAACUCACAGAACGAGGUUUUUGAUUCUGGCGUUUAUCGUGAUUAUUUACUUCAACUACGUCAUCUCGCCAGAAUUCGGGAAUGGUGGCUCCAGCUUUGAACUAAACCACCCUGGAUCAUCAUCAAGACUCGGUAUAUUCGGCGGCGGUAGAAAUGGAGGGAGAGGGAAGGGGGGUGGCCGAUAUGGGAACCCCAUACAAUUCGAUUUCAAAGGCAGUGGUAGAGCUGCUGGGGAUAGCAAGCGGGCCGGUGAGAUCAAGGAGGCCAUGAGCAGGACCUUUUGGAAGUAUAGGCUUGGAGCUUGGGGUAGCGAUGAAAUCAUGCCGAUUAGUGGGAAUGGGAAAACUACGAGGAAUGGAUGGGCAGCGACUAUUGUGGAUACCUUGACGACGACCGCUAUGAUGGGCCUUGAGGAGGAGUUUAAGCUUGAAUUAAAUUUCACACUCGGAAUCGAUUUUAGUAGGGCUGCAGACCUUGUUGAUCCCUUUGAGACGACUAUCCGCUAUCUCGGAGCUAUGAUUUCCACUGUGGAGCUCAUUGACAACGGCGUUGUCCACAGAGGACUUGUGUCUGAGCAGGAAAGGAAUGCCCUGGUAGCUAAAGCUAUGGAGCUAGCUGACAAACUGGCACCCGGUUUCGAUUCUCCAUCUGGCAUGAUAUGGCCCAGAAUCAACUUCAGUACAGAUAAAGGUUGCAGAGAAGAUGGAAGAGAAGUGGGAUUGCAUGAUCAUCCUACAAUCUCCCCCGCCCGAGCUGGAACAAAUUGGCUAGAGAAUAGAAUUCUUAGCAAGCUCACUGGAAAUGAUAUAUAUGGGAAGAAUGCGACACGUGCUUGGAACUUAUUAACCCUGUCUGUUUUUUUCUCUUUUUUUUUAGGAAGCUUGUCUGGAACGAGUGAGUUUGAAGCCGAGCUCGAGAUUUUGCCUUUUUCUAACGAUUCGGGAUAUAGGUACAAAGAGGAUUGGCCGGGUCUUGCUCAGUAUGUGGCACGAUUCGUAAGGCAACUUCCGAAUGUCUUAGGUGUUGAUAUUCUCGGCUGUUUACUGAUGCCGACCGGUGUCAAUGAUAGAUACUACGAAUAUCUCAUCAAGGCACAGAUAUUAGCGCCCAAGGACCGGCAUGCAAAUGUGUAUGGCGAGAGGUGGGUGAAAGCUGUUGAGUCCACGAUUCAACACCUCGCCCAAUGGUCGACACCGGGAAAGGGUCGUCAAAGAGGAAAGUUGUUCCUCGCUCAGUGGAAGAAUGGUCUUUUAACCAGCGAGAUGGGCCACCUCACAUGCUUUGCCGGUGGGAACUUCAUUUUGGGAGGGAAAUAUCUCGGUAGAAAAGACUUUGUACAAUUCGGUCUGGACAUCGUCGACGGAUGCCACGAGACCUAUGUCAGCACAAUUACACGCAUUGGGCCUGAAACUUUCGCCUGGACACCGGUAGAUAAGAGGAUCGCCCCUGUACUCCAUCCCGAGCAUGAAGGGCAGCGGGAACAAAAAAAUAAUGCAGGAUUUUGGGUCACGAACGCUAGGUAUCUGCUGCGUCCCGAAACCGUGGAGUCAUAUUUCUACGCAUACAGAGCGACAGGCAACCAGAUGUACCAAGAAUGGGCGUGGGAUGCAUACAAGUAUGUCAUUCCUAUUUGUUGUGUGAUGGUUGGAGGGCGAUCUACUUUUGAGCGCCCGAUUGACUUCCUGCUUCUUUCUUUCUUCCCACUUGUAUAUUGUUCCCGGUCCCCAUAUGGUGCAGUAUAUUGA